GGCGUCGCAGCUGCAAUUUAGUGUCAGGACCUCGUGGAUGCAGUUGUGAAGCUCCCAGCUACAGGCGUCGCCAUAUUGUAGAGUUCGUGCAUGAAAUAUAUCAGCGAGAUGGAAAAUAAUUACGGUAUCACGGUAACUAAUCGGUAUAGAUUGUUCUUGGACGACGAUGAGGACCCAUUAGAAGUCCUCAAAGUCCAAGAACAGGCUAAAGAAGCUAAGAAGAAAACUAAGGUAUGCGAAAAGGAGAAGGAAAAUAAGAGCAAGCCGGAAUCAAAAACUAAGCAACCUCCACAAGUUCGAAAAAACGUGAGGGAACCUGUGCAAAGUGUGAAAUCUAUAGAUUCAGGGAAGAUCAAAGAAGAUCAGAAAAGCAAGCCAACUACCCAGCGUGCGUCACAAGAUAGAGAUCAGAGGAAUGUAAAGUUCAGUGACUCACGUGACCGAGAAGAACGUAAUAACUGGAAAAAUCAAGAACGAGGUGGUCAGAAUAAUGAUUUCAACAGGGAGCCAAGAGAUCGUGAUACUGCAAGGCCAGAAGGUACAGAAGGAAGAUUUAGAGGUCGUGGUGGCCGUGGCGUAUUCCGUGGUGGCCGCGGAGGUCCGCCUAUGCGUGGAAUGCGUGGUGGUCUGGGCUAUGACACUCGUGGAAAACGUGAAUAUGAUCGUCAAUCUGGAUCCGAUAAAACAGGUGUGAAACCUGUUGACAAGAGAGAAGGUGGUGGCGCUCAUAACUGGGGAAAUCACAGGGAUGAAAUACAGGAGCAGCUGAACACCCAAGUUCAAGAUGAUCCUGAAUGGCAAGCAGAAGAAUUUGUGCCAGAGAAUCCAACAAAAGAUGUUCAAGCUUCAGACUCGGAAGGUGAUACACCACAGCCAGUAGAAGAUGAAGGACCUAGGGUACUCACACUUGAUGAAUAUUAUGCCCUCCGUCGUCACCGGCAGAAACCAACUUACAAUAUACGCAAAGCAGGAGAAGGUGAAGAUCCAUCUCAGUGGAAGAAAAUGUAUGCUUUAACAAAGAAGAAAGAAGGAGAAGAGGAGGAAGAAGAAGAGGAGGAAUACGAUGCAUCAGAAUACCCGCAGCGUGUUGGACGACAGAAGCACAUCUUGGAUAUAGAUAUUCACUUUGCUGACUCGAGACGUGGCAGUAGAGCUCGUGGUCGUGGUGGUAUGCGAGGUGGCCGUGGCAUGCGAGGUACAGGACCUGUAGGCCCUGCCCGUAAUGGAGGUGUUGGAAGAGCAGGACCAUUGGGUGACCGUAAUCAGAUGAGAGACCGAUUUGACAGACAAGAGAAUUUCCAGAAUCGUAGUCCUCGGCAGCAGAGUGCUCCAAAGUUUGAUGAUGACCAUGACUUCCCAUCUCUUGCAUAAAAUUUACCAGGCUAGUCAACAAUUUGUUGCUGAGUGCAUAUUGUACUAAAAUUAAGAAGUUCAGUUUGUGCAAAAUGAAUUUAUCAAUAAUGCUCUAAAGUUAGAUUUUCUUGCAAGUUUUUAAUCCGUGUUGAUAUGUUAGCAGUGGAAGAAAGGGGGCAAGGGAAGUGUGUGUGUGUGUGUGUGUGUGUGUGUGUGUGUGUGUGUGUGUGUGUGUGAGUGAGAGAGAGAGAGAGAUUCUGCUGCCUGUGUUUUGCUGUCUGUUAAGUAAAUUUUUGGUGUGCAGUGUGGAAAAUUAAUACAUUCACUUAACAGUGAACAUUAUUAGGCUGACCACUUAUGGUAGUGUGAAUUUAAGAAUAGACAGCUGUUAAUUUUAUAAAACAAAUUUUCUUGUGUGUUGAGGGAGAGGAAGGGAUGAAUGUAGUAACCAUUAACCUUCAUGAUUACAUUGGCUGUCAACGGGAGUAUGUCUUCUGCAGUUCGAAUAUACAAAUUUAAGACAGCUGUUAAUUUUAUAAAACAAAUUUUCUUGUGUGUUACGGGAGAGGGACAAAUGUACCAGUCAUUAACCUUGAUGUUUACAUUGGCUGUCAACAAGGAGUAUGUCUUCUGCAGUUCGAAUAUACAAAUUGGGGAAGUGUGUGACCCUUGUUACAGUGGAUAAGCUUUAGAAACAAAGAAGAGCAAUAUCAACAACUACAUAUAGUCGUAAUAGUAACAUUUUGUACUCCAGUUAACAAAUGUUGGUGUACUGUUCACAGAGGAGUGGAUUCUACUCUGUAUUCUUCUGUGAGGAUCCUUUCUGACCAGAGGUAUCAUGUUCAGUAUUAAAUGAUAACUGUGUAAUUGAUAUGUAAUUUUCUUGUUCAUCAUUAUUAUUUCAAAAUGUCAUUAAACUUCCUGGAAGUGCCUCAGUUA